CAAGUUUUCCUAUUUACAGUGUUCAGGGAAGGUAGGCAUUUCGGGAAGGGCAGAUCCUUUCCCCAAGCUAUCCAAGAAAGAAGAGAAAACAGCGUAAAGAAGCUCUGAUUACAGAUCUUUGGAAUUUUCUUUGCUAAAUUUUACAAACGAGAAAUACACCCAGAAUUUUGGGAAUUGCUCCAGGCUGCGCGUGAGGGUUUGAUUGCUUGUCUAAUCUUUUUUUGAGAAGAGGAGAAUUCGCCAAAAGGGGUUUGGAUGGCAGGAGCCCGGCUGGGUUUGUGCAGCAGCUUGCGUUCUCCCUCUCUUCUCUGAGGGAGGGUCUUUGCAGCCGGCUUGGAGACCCCCUGCCGCAGGCUCUUUUUGCUGGCGCUGGCCUGAGGGGAAAAUGCUCCGCUCUGGCAAGAGUACGCUGGUUGCCGCUGGGACUUCCUAGCCCCGUGGGAAGUGUGUUCGUGGUUUGGGGAUACUUUUCAUUGAACUGAAGGCGAAAAGACUUGGACUCUCCUGGGCUCUUUCCCUUCGCAGUGAAUAUGGGAAAGAAUUAGGGGGUGGGAGGGAGGCAGCAUGACUUGCAGUCGCCGCUGCCCUGCAUCUGUCCCCAGCCCCCAGCCAGCAUCUUGAUGUUCCACGUAUCGGCUGUACAAAUAUGAUGAAAUGGCAGCCCCGGAAGAAGGCAUACUUCCGACAGGGUGUUGCCCUCCAGUACCUUGGACGUCAUGCCGAUGCCCUGGCAGCCUUUGCAUCUGGGCUGGCUCAGGACCCCAAGAGUCUCCAGCUUCUGGUGGGGAUGGUAGAAGCAGCCAUGAAAUCUCCCAUGAGAGACUCCCUCGAGCCCACUUAUCAACAGCUUCAGAAAAUGAAACUGGACAAGAGUCCCUUUGUGGUCGUGUCUGUGGUUGGGCAAGAACUCCUGACAGCUGGCCAUCAUGGGGCCUCUGUGGUUGUCUUAGAAGCCGCUCUGAAGAUUGGCACCUGCAGCCUCAAACUGAGAGGUUCCGUUUUCUCUGCGCUGAGCAGUGCUUACUGGUCUCUCGGAAACACAGAGAAGAGCACUGGAUACAUGCAGCAGGACUUGGAUGUAGCCAAGACCUUAGGUGACCAGACAGGAGAAUGCCGAGCUCAUGGGAAUCUGGGCUCUGCAUUCUUCUCCAAAGGAAAUUACCGGGAGGCUCUCACUAACCACAGGCAUCAGUUGGUGCUUGCCAUGAAACUCAAGGAUCGAGAGGCAGCUUCAUCAGCCCUGAGCAGUCUAGGCCACGUGUACACAGCCAUUGGAGACUACCCCAAUGCACUGGCCAGUCACAAGCAGUGUGUCCUCCUCGCCAAGCAAUCCAAAGAUGAGCUUUCUGAAGCCCGGGAGCUCGGCAACAUGGGAGCUGUGUAUAUUGCCAUGGGUGAUUUUGAGAAUGCUGUGCAGUGCCAUGAGCAGCAUCUGAAGAUAGCCAAGGACCUGGGCAACAAGCGAGAAGAGGCCCGCGCCUACAGCAAUCUGGGCAGUGCCUACCACUACAGGAGGAACUUUGACAAGGCCAUGUCUUACCACAACUACGUGCUGGAGCUGGCUCAGGAGUUGGUGGAGAAGGCCAUUGAGAUGCGGGCCUAUGCCGGCCUGGGCCAUGCUGCCAGGUGCAUGCAGGAUUUGGAGAGGGCUAAACAGUACCAUGAGCAGCAGCUGGGCAUCGCUGAGGAUCUCAAGGACCGGGCUGCAGAGGGGCGAGCGUCCUCCAAUCUGGGAAUCAUACACCAGAUGAAAGGUGAUUAUGAUACUGCACUGAAACUCCACAAGACCCACCUGUGCAUUGCCCAGGAGCUGAGUGAUUACGCCGCCCAGGGCCGUGCCUACGGGAAUAUGGGCAAUGCCUACAAUGCUCUGGGCAUGUACGACCAGGCUGUCAAGUACCACCGGCAGGAGCUGCAGAUCUCCAUGGAAGUGAAUGACCGUGCCUCGCAGGCAUCCACACACGGGAACCUUGCCGUGGCCUACCAGGCCCUGGGUGCCCACGACCGGGCCCUGCAGCACUAUCAGAACCACCUGAACAUCGCUCGGGAGCUGCGUGACAUCCAGAGCGAGGCCCGGGCCCUCAGCAACCUGGGCAACUUCCACUGCUCUCGAGGGGAGUACGUCCAGGCCGCCCCCUAUUACGAACAGUACCUCCGGCUUGCUCCCGAGCUUCAAGACAUGGAAGGAGAAGGGAAGGUCUGCCACAAUCUUGGCUACGCCCAUUACUGCCUUGGAAAUUACCAGGAGGCGGUGAAGUACUACGAGCAGGAUCUGGCCCUGGCCAAAGACCUUCAUGACAAAUUGAGCCAAGCAAAAGCCUACUGCAAUUUGGGCUUAGCAUUCAAGGCUCUGCUGAAUUUUAACAAAGCCGAAGAGUGUCAGAAGUACCUACUGUCCCUAGCCCAGUCCCUGAAUAAUUCCCAGGCUAAAUUUCGAGCCCUGGGGAACCUGGGCGAUAUAUUCAUCUGUAAAAAAGAUAUCAGUGGUGCAGUAAAAUUCUAUGAGCAGCAGCUGGGCUUGGCUCACCAUGUAAAGGACAGAAGACUGGAGGCCAGUGCAUAUGCAGCCCUGGGCACUGCAUACCGAAUGAUCCAGAAACACGACAAGGCCUUGGGUUAUCACACGCAGGAACUGGAGGUAUAUCAGGAGCUGAGCGACUUGCCGGGAGAGUGCAGAGCUCAUGGGCACCUGGCAGCCGUCUACAUGGCCCUUGGGAAAUACACGAUGGCAUUCAAGUGUUAUGAAGAGCAGCUGGAUCUAGGGCAGAAGCUGAAAGAUCCGAGUCUAGAAGCUCAGGUCUAUGGCAACAUGGGCAUCACAAAGAUGAACAUGAAUGUGAUGGAAGAAGCCAUCGGCUACUUCGAGCAGCAGCUGGCCAUGCUGCAGCAGCUGAGUGGAAAUGAGUCUGUGCUCGACAGGGGCCGGGCCUAUGGCAACCUGGGGGAUUGCUACGAGGCCCUGGGUGACUAUGAGGAAGCUAUAAAGUACUAUGAACAAUAUUUAUCUGUUGCCCAGAGUCUAAAUCGCAUGCAAGACCAAGCCAAGGCUUACCGGGGCCUGGGAAAUGGACACAGGGCAAUGGGGAGCUUGCAGCAAGCCCUUGUGUGCUUUGAAAAGAGGCUCGUGGUUGCCCAUGAGCUCGGGGAGGCCUUUAAUAAAGCCCAGGCCUAUGGAGAGCUGGGAAGUCUGCACAGCCAAUUAGGGAAUUACGAACAAGCCAUUUCCUGCCUUGAACGCCAGCUGAACAUCGCUAGAGAGAUGAAAGACCGAGCUCUGGAAAGUGAUGCCGCCUGUGGCCUGGGGGGCGUUUACCAGCAGAUGGGGGAAUACGAUACAGCCCUGCAGUACCACCAGCUGGAUCUGCAGAUAGCAGAGGAAACCAACAACUCCACGUGCCAGGGACGGGCCUAUGGGAACCUGGGCCUGACCUACGAGUCCCUGGGCACCUUUGAGAGGGCCGUGGUCUAUCAGGAACAGCACUUGAGCAUCGCUGCGCAGAUGAAUGACUUGGUGGCCAAGACGGUGUCUUAUAGUAGCCUUGGAAGGACCCAUCAUGCUUUGCAGAACUAUUCCCAGGCAGUCAUGUACUUGCAGGAAGGUUUAAGGUUAGCAGAGCAGCUGGGCCGAAGAGAAGAUGAAGCCAAAAUUCGCCAUGGUCUUGGCCUCUCCCUUUGGGCGAGUGGGAACCUGGAGGAAGCCCAACAUCAGCUCUAUAGAGCAUCAGCCUUGUUUGAAACGAUCCGACACGAGGUGCAGCUGAGCACGGACUACAAGCUCUCCCUCUUUGACCUGCAGACAUCCUCCUACCAGGCCUUGCAGCGAGUGCUCGUCAGCCUCGGCCAUCAUGAUGAAGCCCUGGCCGUGGCAGAAAGAGGACGGACAAGGGCGUUUGCAGAUCUCCUGGUAGAACGGCAGACAGGACAGCAGGACUCCGACCCCUACUCCCCAGUCACUAUUGAUCAGAUCUUAGAGAUGGUUAAUGGCCAGAGGGGACUAGUGCUUUACUAUUCCCUGGCUGCGGGCUACCUGUACAGCUGGCUGCUUGCUCCUGGGGCAGGGAUUCUGAAGUUUCACGAACACUACCUGGGAGACAACACGGUGGAAAACUCGAGUGACUUCCAGGCUGGCAGCAGCGCAGCCCUUCCAACAGCCACUAGCUCGGCCCUAGAGCAGCACAUCGCCAGCGUCCGGGAGGCCCUGGGUGUGGAAUCUUACUACUCAAGGGCCUGUGCCAGCAGUGAGACAGAGAGUGAAGCCGGAGACAUCAUGGACCAGCAGUUUGAGGAGAUGAACAACAGGCUCAACUCGGUCACCGACCCCACUGGCUUUCUUCGGAUGGUUCGCCGCAACAACCUCUUUAACAGGAGCUGCCAGAGCAUGACCAGCCUGGUCAGCAACGCCACAUCGCCCAUCAAGGACGGGACCUCCUCUCUUCCCAGGAGGCAGAGCUCGUUCGCCAGGCCGCCGCUCCGUGCUCUGUACGACCUGCUCGUGGCACCCAUGGAAGGGGGCCUGAUGCACUCCAGCGGCCCUGUGGGCCGGCACCGGCAGCUGGUCCUGGUUCUGGAGGGGGAGCUCUACCUCAUCCCGUUCGCCCUCCUGAAGGGAAGCUCCUCCAAUGAGUACCUGUACGAGCGCUUCGCCCUCAUCGCCGUCCCUUCCAUCCGCUCCCUCGGUCCCCAGGCCAAGUCUCACCUGCGGAAGAACCCUCCCGCCUACUCCAGCUCCACAUCCAUGGCGGCUGUGGUCGGCAACCCCAAGCUCCCAUCGGCGGUGAUGGACAGGUGGCUGUGGGGCCCGAUGCCGUCAGCCGAGGAGGAGGCCUACAUGGUGUCCGAGCUGCUGGGCUGCCAGCCGCUGGUGGGCAGCGUGGCCACCAAAGAGCGGGUCAUGAGCGCCCUGACCCAGGCCGAGUGCGUCCACUUUGCCACCCACAUCUCUUGGAAACUGUCGGCCUUGGUCCUCACGCCCAGUGUGGAAGGCACCCCCGCUGGCAGCAAGAGCUCCUUCGGCCACCCCUACACCAUCCCUGAGUCCCUGCGGGUGCAGGAUGACACCAGCGAUGGCGAGAGCAUCUCGGACUGCCCGCCGCUACAGGAGCUGCUGCUCACGGCCGCCGACGUCCUGGACCUGCGGCUGCCUGUGAAGCUGGUGGUCCUCGGCUCCUCCCAGGAGUCCAACAGCAAGGUCACAGCCGACGGGGUCAUCGCGCUGACGCGGGCCUUCCUGGCAGCCGGCGCACAGUGUGUCCUCGUGUCUCUGUGGCCUGUGCCUGUGGCUGCUUCCAAGAUGUUCCUGCACGCCUUGUACUCGUCCCUGCUGAAUGGCCUGAAGGCCAGCGCGGCCCUAGGCGAGGCCAUGAAGGUGGUGCAGAGCAGCAAGGCCUUCUCACACCCCUCCAACUGGGCAGGGUUCCUGCUCAUCGGGAGUGAUGUAAAGCUCAACAGUCCCUCCUCGCUCAUCGGCCAGGCCCUCACCGAGAUCCUCCAGCACCCAGAGCGGGCGCGGGAUGCCCUGCGAGUGCUGCUGCACCUGGUGGAGAAGUCCCUACAGCGCAUUCAGAACGGGCAGCGCAACGCCAUGUACACAUCCCAGCAGAGCGUGGAAAACAAAGUUGGCGGCAUCCCUGGCUGGCAGGCCCUCCUCACCGCUGUGGGCUUCCGGCUGGACCCCCCGGCCAGCGGCCUGCCGGCAGCCGUCUUCUUCCCAACCUCGGACCCGGGCGACCGGCUCCAGCAGUGCAGCAGCACCAUCCAGUCCCUGCUGGGUCUGCCCAACCCUGCCCUCCAAGCCCUCUGCAAGCUCAUCACUGCCUCGGAGACGGGCGAGCAGCUCAUCAGCCGGGCUGUUAAAAAUAUGGUUGGAAUGCUCCACCAGGUGCUGGUCCAGCUGCAGGCCGGUGAGAAGGAGCAGGACUUCGCAUCAGCCCCCAUUCAGGUCUCCAUCAGCGUCCAGCUGUGGCGGCUCCCGGGAUGUCACGAAUUCCUGGCGGCUCUAGGUUUUGAUCUCUGUGAGGUUGGUCAGGAGGAAGUAAUCCUGAAAACCGGGAAACAAGCCAAUCGACGGACCAUGCACUUUGCGCUCCAAGCCCUGCUCGCACUCUUCGAUUCCACUGAGCUGCCCAAGCGCCUCAGCCUUGACAGCUCGUCCUCCCUGGAGUCUCUGGCCUCAGCCCAGUCUGUCUCCAAUGCUCUGCCUUUGGGCUACCAGCACCCUCCUUUCUCUCCCACCGGUGCAGAGAGCAUAGCCUCAGACGCCAUCUCUGUGUACAGUCUGAGCUCCAUCGCCUCCUCAAUGAGCUUUGUCUCCAAGACUGAGGGUGGGUCAGAGGGCGGAGGUCCUCGAGGAAGGCAGGACUACGACCGGUCCAAGAACGCCUUCCCACAGCGAUCCACCUUGCCUCGGAGCCAGCUGUCCCCCCCGAACCGCCCUGCAGACAGCAAAGAUGAAGAAGAAUACGAAGGGUUUUCCAUCAUCAGCACUGAGCCUUUGGCGGCCUACCAAGAAGACAGACAGACUCGCUUCUCACCAGAUCACAAACAGUCCCGCGUCGGGACAGCUGGCAGUGUGAAAGUUUCGGUAAGCUCCAAGGGGAGCAUAAGCACUCCAAACUCUCCAGUUAAAAUGACUCUGAUUCCCAGCCCAAACUCACCCUUCCAGAAGGUUGGAAAACUAGCAAGUUCAGAUACGGGAGAAUCAGACCAGUCUAGCACAGAAACAGAUAGUACCGUGAAAUCCCAAGAAGAAAGCAACCCGAAGCUUGAUCCACAAGAGUUGGCCCAGAAGAUUCUAGAGGAGACACAAAGCCAUCUCAUGGCGGUGGAACGUCUUCAGAGGGGCGGUGGUCAAGGUAAGGGCACUAAUCCUGAAGAUGGCAUUUCCGUGCCCAACAGCACUGCUGUCUUCAGAGCGUCAGAAACAAGUGCGUUCAGCAGGCCUGCCCUCUCCCACCAGAAGAGCCAGCCGUCGCCAGUUACUAUCAAACCAAAGCCCCCAGCCAGAAGCUCUUCCCUACCCAAGGUGAGUUCGGGAUACAGCAGCCCCACCGCCUCAGAGGCAUCCAUCAAAGACAGCCCGAGCCAGCACAGUGGCCGGCCAUCGCCCGGCUCCGACUCCCAGAUUUCCCUGACUGACCAGCCUCUCUUUAAGCUGAAGUAUCCCAGCUCUCCUUACAGUGCUCACAUUUCCAAAUCACCAAGGAACAUGUCCCCGAGCUCAGGCCACCAGUCUCCUGCUGGAAGUGCACCGUCCCCAGCUCUCUCCUAUUCCUCAGCUGGCUCCGCUCGCUCGAGUCCAGCCGACGCUCCUGACAUAGACAAGCUGAAGAUGGCAGCCAUCGACGAGAAGGUGCAGGCUGUACACAACCUGAAGAUGUUUUGGCAGAGCACACCCCAGCAUUCCACGGGACCAAUGAAAAUAUUUCGGGGGACCCCUGGAACGAUGACUUCCAAGAGAGAUGUCCUCAGUUUAUUAAACUUGUCACCUCGGCACAACAAGAAGGAGGAAGGAGCAGACAAGCUGGAACUUAAGGAGCUGUCUUUGCAGCAAUGUGGAGAAACGCCCCCAAAAGCCCCUCCCAACGGACACUGGCAUACAGAGACCACCUCGCUGAGCACGUUGCCGCUGCCCGCCAGCCCUCCUGCCGCAGUGCCCACGCGUCCUUUGAGACUUCCUUCUGGAAACGGAUACAAGUUUCUGUCCCCAGGAAGAUUUUUUCCUUCCUCUAAAUGCUAAAA